AUGGUAAUAUGUGGACAUGUGGGAGAUGGGCACAAACCGUUCUGUCGUGUACGCGGUCCACCACACACGGUUGCGCGUUUCGUGGACAACUGGGUCCAGACCCUCGUUGGGGUACUUUCUGUGCAUUCCAUUCUGCACGGCCAGCUUAACAGCCAAAUUAAGAUAGAUCCCAGAGGCGUCGAGGGGGAGGGUGUAGAUGCCAAUGAGAAGACAGGCCUGGACACUCUCAAGCGACGAGAGGGUGAUGACAUCUGGGACAAGUUUGCACGCCUGUUGGUAAAACAUGACGCCAAUUGCAUCCUCGGAGAAUGGGCCGGUGGAUCCCCCUUGGGUCUGGUCGCCGCCGUUUUCUGUGAGAGAGUCGAGGUAGGCGUAUUGUGUGCCGAUGGCAAGGACGAUGAAGAUGAUGCAUACUGUGCCGACAUCCCGUCGCGUGAAGGCGGAGGGGUGCUCGUACGCAAUCUCCAGCUUCUCCAAAAGCCAGCCUUUUUCGACAUAGAAGUAAUUGGUCUCGGCGUGCUUGAAGAAUGCCUGCACCAGGAAGUCGGCGACAUAACGAGGAGGGAGGGCGCCAAUUGCCGAUAUCAUUCCAGAGGGCGACUGCAGCUCCUCCGCACGGUAGUAUUCCUUGAAAUUGGGGACUUCGCCGUUCUCCUAAAGGGCACUAAGAGUAAGAAAGACGUAAAGACAAGGGGGGCGGUCACGGUGAGGGUCGGGGUUCAUACGUUGCGAUGCUCAGGGAUGCACUGCUCAAUCCACUCCUUGAUUCUCAUGGAGAAGUUCCAGUGGGAGAAUUCGCCAGAGUAG